GCCUCGGGGAUUGGACAGAAGUUAGGUCAGUGCAACUUUCAAGUCGGUUGCAAACUCCGCCUCGGGCCCGACGGGGCGGCAGCGGCGGCCGGGCUCGGGCAUCGCGGAGGGAGACCGGAGCGGCCAGCGCGCCCCCUCUCCCGGCUCUGCCAGCCUCUCCCUCCCCCGGCGGGGGGCGGCGGCCGGGCGUGUCCCCCCCGCAGCGCCCCUGCCCCGCCUUGCCCCGGACGCCGCACCUCCCCCCGCCACAGCCGGCAGGAUGGUGUCCUGGGUGAUCUCCCGGUUGGUGGUGCUGGUGUUUGGAAUGCUGUACCCCGCCUACGCCUCCUACAAAGCUGUGAAGACCAAGAAUAUCCGAGAAUACGUCCGAUGGAUGAUGUACUGGAUUGUUUUCGCCUUCUUUAUGACAAUAGAGACCUUCUCAGACAUCUUCAUUUCCUGGUUUCCUUUCUAUUAUGAGAUCAAGAUGGCAUUUGUGGUGUGGCUCCUCUCCCCUUACACCAAGGGUGCCAGCCUGCUUUAUAGGAAGUUUGUCCAUCCAGCCCUUUCCUACCGGGAGAAGGAGAUCGACUCAUACAUCGUGCAGGCAAAGGAGCGCAGCUAUGAGACGGUGCUGAGCUUCGGGAAGCGCGGUCUGAACAUCGCUGCCACUGCCGCCGUGCAGGCAGCUGCCAAGAGCCAGGGUGCCCUCGCUGGCAGGCUUCGGAGCUUCUCCAUGCAGGACCUGCGCUCCAUCCCUGACAAUCCUGCUCCAUCUUAUCAGGAUCCCCUCUACCUGGAGGACCAGGAUUUGCACCGGAGACCACCCAUCAGGUACCGCCCCGGGGGCCUGCAGGACAGUGACACUGAAGAUGAGUGUUGGUCCGAUUCCCAGACAAAGGCCCACACCCUUCCCCGUCCAAGGGAGAAGCCCUUGGUGAGGAGCCAGAGCCUCCGGAUUGGCAAGAGGAAGCCACUGGUGAGAGAGGGCACCUCCCGCUCCCUGAAAUCUCGGACAAGGAAGAAGGCGGCCCCAUCAGACCUGGACAGCUAAUGCCCAGCAUCUCCCAUUCCACUCUACCUCCAGCCACCUUGUCCCUCCCUUCUAACACCCCACUCUGGAUACAGAGGGGAGGUUGGAGGAGAGGGAGUUUGGUCCGUGGACACUGGAAAAGGCAGAAAUGCCCCCUUUGGGGAUGGUUUUCAUCAAUUUCCACAUGAUCUCUCUUUGCCCCAAUGCCCUCUCCUUGACUUAACAUCCCCUCCCCAUCAAAGUGCUCUUGGUGGGCCCGAGGGGAUCCUCCUCCCCUCACCUGCCAGCCUGGACUCUAUGAAACCCCAGGCCAGCCCUGACCAGCACCUCCUCCUGGCUCUGGGGUCAGUGUUCCAAAGGGGUCACCCAUUGGCAUUGCCCAAUUUCUGUGUUUUCAAUAUGCCAAAGCAAUCCCUCCUUUGUGCCUUGACCUGAGGGUUAUUUAUUGCCCAUUUUCUGGCAUUGCCUUUCCCUCCCUCCCCCUCCCCCCUGGACCCUUAAUGGUCAGGAGACAGGGGGAGCCUUGAUUCCCCUUCAUCUCUCCCCUCCAUUCCAGACGGAGCUUUGAUCAUUCCAUCCCCUUCCCCAUGUUACUUGACAGGCCUCUUCAGGGGUCGUAUGUAUGUGUGUGUAUGUGUUUGUAUAUGUGUAUAUGUGUGUUGGUGUGUAGCCAAGUUUGUAAUGGUUUUGAUAAAUAAAUACAUGGACUUUG